AUGCAAGCCGUGGACCGAGACUUGCAUGUGGCUCAGGCGAAGUUGCGUAACACUCUGUAUGCCAACGACUUGUUGAAUCGUCGGAUUUGGAAGGCUCAGGACGUGUUAUUAAGUGUCUACGAGAAAGCGUCGGUUCAUCUGGAAGAGAUAAAAUCGAAUACAAACGACUGCAAGGAAAAAAUGAAUGAUUUUAUUCAAAAUCUGGACAAAGAGUUAAAAGCGCUUUAA